AUGGCAGAAGACAAUUCAACCCGUUCCACGCGUACCCGUGCGCGUUCAAGAAGCAUCUCCAGCGACCAGUCACCACUCCUCUGCCCAGUGACGCCUGAGGAAGAGCAGCUCGCCGCCUUGGUUAAGAAAAUCCUCAAGGAUCAAGAGAAGGAGAAAAAGAUCGCCGCCGCCGGCUCUUCCAAAUCUCAAUCUCAACCUCAAUCUCCUUCUCCAUCUCCAUCUCCAACCCAAUUGCCCUUCCGUCCCCCCAGACAUUUCGUCGAUACCCUCCAACCUACCAGCCCCGACAAGCCCCGUUCCCGUUCGCCCAGUAUGAACUACCAGAACUACCUCGAUUCUCCCGGCGGCUCUGGAUCGAACUCUCGUCAAGCUCCGCCGUCCCCGUCCCAAGGUCUGCCCCACGCCAACGGUAUGAACGGAGGCAUGGCCAUGGGAGGCGGCAUGGUUGGCUACCCGACCCCCGCUGGACACCAAUCCGACCUGAACUACGUUAUGUCCAUGGUUGAGGAGCUUUCUUCGGUCCUCCGUACGAACCAACAACUCACUGCCGGAGUCGUUGAGAAGAUGGGCAAGGUCCGCGAGAAGGCCGCCAAUCUCAAUCUCAACAACGAUGAGCUUAUCGCUGUUGUUGCUUCCGAGCUGAACGAGGAUUCCAAGAAUCUUGAGAAGGAGAACUCCGAGUUGCGCAAGGCUCUGGAGAAGUGCCAGCACGACAAGAACGAGAAUUGGAAGCUUGCGGUUCACGGAGCCAAUAUUCUCGCCGAUAUUACGGAGAAGAUGCACAGCUUUAAGGCUCAGCAUGAGAUGGACACACUGGCUUGGCACAAGAACUACCGGAAGCAGUUGGCUGAUGAGCGCGAGGAGAACCUGAACCUUCGCAACCAAAUCAACGACAUGAAGGCUGCCGCCUGCCGUGCAAACGGUCAUCUCCGAGACAUGCGCCGCUUCGUCACCGACCACCCCGAGCUUCAUGAACUCCGUGUUCAGAACGUUCAGUUCCGCCAGGAGCGCCGUUUCUGGAAACGUAAGGCCAUGCCACUGAUCCCCGAUGACGACUCGGAGUGGUCCGACGAUGACGACCUGAUCGACCCGGAGGAGAAGAAGCGCCAACAAGCUCUGCUCGCCGAGAAGGACCGCAAGGACAAGGAGGCUGAGGAUGGCGAGGGUGCUAGUGCUUAA